GUAGGGGUUCAUAGUAAUUCUCCGCUAGGAGUAAAGUAUUCUGUGAUAGUAAUGAAUCCAAAUGGAUUUUUCGAGCUUUGAAGGGUACCUAAUAAUUUUCUUUGUUCUUAUUAAUAUUUUUGUUACAUUGCAUUCAUUACUGUUAUAUCGUUCUUACGAUGUCGUCACGAAAAAAGAUUUGUGUUCUUGGAUGCGACGAAUAAGGUGCAUAUAUACAUAGGUUCCCUCAUUCCAUAAAGUGGGCUGACAUGUUCCAUAUUUGGAUGUCGAAAGUUGGAAAUACAUAAAUAGAACCAAUGAAAAUUUUCACUACUAAAAAGAUAUGUGAUUACCACUGAAUCUAAUUACAUAAGUACAGGUCAUCGUUUAAUUAUAACAGCUGUUCCAACUUUGUAUCUUGAAGGUGAGUUUUAAAUUAAAAACAAUAUAAUUAACAUGUAUAUGUUUAAAUGGUAGAAUUAGAUACUGUAUGUAGGUGUCACAUUCAUUGAAUGUGUAUGUGGGGGGAAAAAUGAUUUAAACUGUUUUUUUUAUAAUCUCUAUAGGGUGGUGAUUUGGAAUUGAGUAUGUACUUGGGGUGGCCACUUGAAUCAUAUUAUAUCUUAUACAAUAUAAUAAGUGUACAGAAUGUUCUUAAGGAUUUAUAAACUUGAUAACUGCUUUACUAACUACUAACCUACCAUUAGGUAAACUGUAUGCUCAUUUGCCCACUUUUUGCCUUAAAAAACCUGCAAGCUUACUCUUGUAAACAAUUCUGAUAGAUCGGAAUUGAAAUUAUAACAUUUCAUACUCUUUAUAGUGACUCUAGCGCUAAAUAAGUUUUGUGGUGAUUGUGUGAACUAAUUGAGAUUAGAAUUGAAUUUAUCCAAACCGAUUGUAAGCAAAAUCGGUACUCUUGACACAGUUUUGACAGUUAGUUGACAGCUGCCUAUUGUGUUUGUAUUGAGUUGGAAUUGAAAUUUAGGCAAUCGCAAAACUGUAACUUUAUGAAGUGUUCAUAUUAAUUGUUUGUUUUCUGCAAUUAUCUUAUUCAUUGCGAUAAAAUAAUGGCACGUUUAGCUUUUGUGUUUAAUAUUCUACACUGUAAUUGUGCAUUACAAUUAAAAUAAAGACAAAAUGAGCUUAGAUAAUGCAUUUUAAAGACUUAGUCUUUUCUAUCAGUGAUGAUGAGUUUAGGGCUAAUUAUUGUAUUAUUAAGGACUUAUAUAUUAAGCCGUGAAUAAAAAUCUAAAUAUGCAACCUCCGAGGAGAAGAAUCUUCUUGGAAGACAUGUUACGAAUGAAGUACUGUUAAUCAAUAUUAGCCUAAAAAAAUUAAUUUACAGCCUUUAUAAGUCCCACUGUCUAUUCUCAUUUCUGAGAGGUUUAUUGGUGGAUUUCACAUGUAGAAAAUAUGAAUAUAAUGUUAAGUUACAUUAAAUGUAUAAUUUUAUAAGUAUUAAAAAUAAAAUGAUAUAGGUAAUGUAAUUUUAAGAAGGAUUUAUUAAUAAAACUAUGGUACAAUGGUUAACCAUUUAUUUAAUAAAUCAUCAUCAUCAUCAUCAUCAUCAUUACAGCCCUUCACAAGUCCACUGCUGAACAUAGGCCUCCCCCAAAGAAUGCCACAAAGCACGGUCCUGAGCCACCUGCAUCCAUCGACUUCCUGCAUAUCUUACCAGGUCGUCACUCCAUCUAGUGGGGGGACGCCCUACACUUCGCCUGCCGGUACGAGGCUGCCACUCGAGAACCUUUCUUCCCCAUCGGUUGUCGGUUCUUCGAGCUAUAUGGCCGGCCCAUUGCCACUUCAGCUUACUAAUCCGUUGGGCUAUGUCGGUCACUCUAGUUCUACUGCGGAUAUCCUCAUUUCUGAGUUUAUCACGCAGAGAAACUCCGAGCAUAGCCCUCUCCAUAGCUCGCUGAGCGACCUUGAGCUUCCUCAUCCGGCCAGCAGUGAAGGACCACGUCUCAGUUCCGUAUGUCAUCACUGGCAACACGCACUGGGUGUACAGUCUCGUUUUCAAGGUUUGAGGUAUACCUGACGAGAAGAUGUGCCGUAAUUUCCCGAACGCUGCCCAAUCGAGUUGAAUCCGUCGAUUGACCUCUCGAUCGAAGUUGGACUUACCUAGUCGGACUAUUUGUCCCAGGUAAACAUACUCGUCAACAACUUCGAGCUUAGUGUUCCCCACAACUACUGGCAUAGGUGUGACAUGGACAUUAAACAUGAUCUUUGUUUUGUCCAUGUUCAUCUUAAGACCUAUCCGUUGGGAAACACUAUUGAGGUCAUUGAGCAUAGUGCUUAGGUCCUCCAGCGAUUCUGCCAUAAGGACUAUAUCGUCGGCAAAUCGAAGGUGAGUGAUGUACUCGCCAUUGAUGUUGAUACCGUAUCCUUUCCAGUCCAGAAGCUUGAAAACAUCUUCCAAUGCAGCGGUAAAGAGUUUCGGGGAUAUGACGUCACCCUGUCUUACACCUCUCUGCAAUUGGAUAGGUUUCGUACUCUGGUUCUGUACUCGGAUAGCCAUCGUAGCCCUACUGUACAAGCACUUCAACACUUCGAUAUACCGACAGUCAACUUGGCAUCGCUGAAGGGACUGCAGCACCGCCCAAAUUUCGACGGAAUCAAAGGCUUUCUCAUAGUCCACAUAUGCCAGACAUAGUGGCAAAUUGUACUCCUCGGACUUCUGCACAAUUUGCCGAAGGGUAUGUAUGUGGUCUAUGGUGCUAAAGCCUUUUCGGAAACCGGCUUGUUCGGGAGGCUGGAAGUCGUCAAGUCUGCGCGCGAGACGAUUCGUAAUGACUCUCGAAAACAGCACGUAGACGCGGCUCAGAAGGGAAAUCGGUCUGUAGUUCUUCAAGAGAGCGUUGUCGCCUUUCUUGAAGAACAAGACCACCGCACUUCUGCUCCACGCCUCCGGUGUAAUGCCACCAUGGAGGACGGAAUUAAAGAGCUUCUGAAGGACUUCAAGUACCGGUCUUCCACCCGCUUUCAGAAGCUCCGCUGUAAUUCCAUCCUCGCCUGGGGCCUUGCCGUUUUUAAGGUGCUGGAGAGCCAUUCUAAUCUCGCUCAGACUGACGUCCGGGAUAUCAUCGGAAUAAUGUCGGAUAAGACUCGCUCUUGGAUCGUUACUCACACUUGCGUGCGGCUCCAACGAUGACGUGUACAGCUGCCCAUAGAACCUCUCAAUCUCACUCAAAAUCUCAGGUGCCCCGGAAACGAUGCUGCCACAUUCUGUCUUCAGCUUUGACAGUUGGCGCUUUCUGGCAGACAGAUCUCUGGCAAAGACUUUGGAGCCUCGGUUACGCUCGAUCGCUUCUUCAAUACGAGCUGUAUUGAAUUUGCGUAAGUCCCGCCGCAUGCAUUUGGAGAUCUGUCUGUUCAGUUGCCUGUAUGCUGUUAAAUCUGUUGAAGAAUGUAGCUUCAUCUCCCGUCUAACAGCCAUGAGAUUAAGAGUGUGAUCGGAGAGUUUUUGUGUUCUUCUGCGGCGGGUCUUGCAGAACUUAGCUCCGACCGCUCCCAGGCAACACUGAUUCUAAAAGUUGACUUAUCAGUGAUUCUUAAUUAUAUUUAAGUAUUGUUUUUCAUUAAGGUGCUUUUUGGAGAAGUCCUUUUGAAAUAAUUUUAUGUUAAAAAGCUUUUUCAUCUUGUUUGCAAGUUAAUGAGAAUAAUUUUGUGCCAAAUAACACUAUAAUUAUAAACAUUAUAAUUUUUGAUCUCUAUAAUUAAGCCUAAGUUUUGCUAAGAAGUAUAUUUUUAGAGAAGUUUUCUAUUUUUAAGAAUUGUUAUGGCAAAUAAUAAGAACCAAUUUGAUUUUUUAUCUCACUGAUAAAAUUUUAUAUAUAAAACAUGUAAGUUAACUACAUUUUUCGUUUUUUCUCCACUAUAUAAUGCAUACUGCUCAUCAUGUUCUAACAAAAAUAUAAAAAUGCUUCUUUUAAAAGCAAUAACAUCCUUUACUGUGCAAUGAAACAAUUAAAAAAAAUUAAAACCUUAGUGAAAGGGCAGUAUUGUACUAACUACUGUUUUAUGUAGCUAUUUAAGUGUAUUACCAUUUUCUCAAAACCCCCUUUCCUGACUUACUGCCCCGUCUGCACCACAUGACCAGCCUUCAACAUCGCAGACAAAUGUUAAUAAAGUUAUAGUAUAUAAGAAUAGAAUACCAUAGAAUCAUUUUUAACAUGUACAUUACAUGUAAUUCUUAUUGAAAGUAAUUUUUUACUAUUAUUACUACUGGUUCCAAAAAAUACCUUUGUCCUGGAGGAACCAGCAAGAAACCCUGUGGGACUUUUUUUUGAAGUAUUGUAUACAAUUAGUAUGAAAACAGAAACAGCAUGUUAGUGAUCACCCCAUUGCCAGGGGUUAUUUAUCAAUCAUGUACACUUUAGUAGCAUAAUAAAUCUUUAUUAAACAAUUUUUGCGUAAUAAAAAUUUUAAACUUUUUGAUAGAUAGGGCCUGCAUAUUUUCUGGGGCUUAAGAGUAUACAUUGCCCCAUGAUGGAAUUACUGGCUCUUUGGACUCGAGUAACUUGUAUAACUAACUUGUGCUUGUUUCUAGUAUUUACAGAAUGUACAUCACUAUUUUUACAUAAAACUAUGUUUGUUCUUGUGUACAUACAUUAAAUUUUUAAAUUUUAUUUUAUAAUUGCAAAUAUUUUUUUUGUAUAAGGUUUUUGGCGGCUCCGUGGCGCAGUGGCUUAGCAAUAAGUCACAACGCUAAGGGCCGUGGGUUCGAAUCCCGCACGGAACAAGUAUUUGUAUGGCCUACAAAUAAUUGUCCCGUGUCUGGAUGUUUGUCGUUGUUAAAAUUAUGUAUGUAAACUGACCCCACGAUACUGGAGAAAAUCCUAGUGUGGAGGUAAAAUAAAAAAAAAAAAAAUGUCGAACUAUCAAAUAUUUAAUUCCUUAUAUUUUAGUAUCACACAAUAUAUUCUAACAAUUUGCUUAGUAGGGAAGCAAAUAUAGUCCAGUAUAUGAAUAUCCUAUACUAAAAUAUAUAAUUUUACAACAUUUAUUGCAAAUUUCUACCAUUGAGUUAUAUGUACUACGUUCUAGAGAAGCCAUUCC